AUCCGACUAGUCUUCGAUCGCGCUUCCGGCUCCUCCACUCCUGCGCAUCCGCAGCAGCGGCAUUUUUCCCUUUACCUGUCAUCUUUGCCCUCGAUCGACUCGACCGCUCCGACCACCAGGUGUUUGCGAACCAUAUCCAUUGUUCAACCCAAAUCAUAGCAGCAAUGUCGGCCACAACCAGCCCCAUCGAGCAAAAGCUCCCUGAGCGUACGGCGACCAUUGGGAGCACCAUGACCCGGCGCACCUCGGGCAGUGACGACGAGGCCAUUCCCGACUCCGAUAGCAAUGAGACCACCAACCUUCUCCUUGAACGUCUUCGAGCUUGGAAGCACAUGUGUGGAUACCUGGAGGACUAUGUUUCGACAACUGCCAAGAUCUCGAAGUCGCAAGCGAAGGAUUUCGAGAAGGUCUUGAAGACUGUCAAUGAGCCGCUCCGGGAAGGGCACCACUUCUCUCAAAGUGUGGGCGGAGUUGCUUCAUGGUUCGAGAACGUCAGGUCCAACACUCAGGGUAUGGUAAACUUGUAUCUCGACUCGGAGAAGAACCUGAAGGGGUCCGUACUUCCGACGCUUGAGCGCCUUCACAAGGAAAUCAAGGCCAAGUCCAAAGAGCUCCAGGGUGGAGCUGCGAAGGGUGCUAAGGCCGUCGAUAAGGCUCGAGGAGUCACUCAAAAGCAUAUCGAAUUGCUCGCCCAGCACACGGCCACGCUGGACGCGGCCCACGGUAACAAGAUCGACACAGCGCACGACCCUUACAUCUUGCGUCGGGGUGUUGUUCAUCGCCUGAACAAGCAGAUUAUUGAGGAGAAUAACAAUCGUCAAGACAUUAUUGCGGUACAGAACAACUUCCAGCAGUUCGAAGCCCAUGUCCUGCAAACCGUUCAGAGCGCCAUGGAGCAGUUCACAGUCUACAUGACUACCCAGCUCGACCGCCACCGGACCAUGUACAGCGACAUACUUGCCUCUGCACAGCGCGUUCCGCCUGACUUCGAAUGGGUCAACUUCAUGACCCGAAACGACCAUAUUCUCGUCAAUCCUGACGCCCCUCCAAGAUCUCUCGCCAAUAUCACUUUCCCCAACCAGGAUCACCGUGCCACCAAGCCUCUCAUUGAGGGCCUCCUUGAGCGCAAGUCCCGCGCCAUGCUUAAGGGCUACAGCAGCGGCUAUUACGUCGUGACCCCCGCUCGUUACCUGCACGAGUUCAAGGACAACGAUGACCUUCGCAAGGACCCUCAUCCUGAGCUUUCCCUCUAUCUCCCCGACUGCGUCAUUGGUGCCAUCGACGGCGUCAAGUUUAACGUCAAGGGCAAGGACGUCUCUGGAGGCAAGGUCGGAAACGCCUUCCACACCAACACCGAGUUGAGCUUCAAGGCCACCAACCCGAACGAGGCCGAGAAAUGGUGGACCAUCAUCAAGGACGCUACUCGUGGUCCGGCACACACUAGCAGCAGCACCACCACGUCGCCGAUCACCCCCGCCCCCAUCGACACGAAUCAGCCCCCCGCCUACGCUGAGAAGGAGGCUGCUUCCGCCGGCGGCGCCACUCAAGCCCAGACUCCCAUCACCCCUGCCAGCGCGGCUCCCGCCAGCGCUGGGCCUGCCGGUAUCACCCGCACCGAUACCAGCGGUACCGGCACUUUGCCCACCGUCAACACCACUGCUACUGCGGCUGGUGCCCAAGCUCCUUCCCCUAUUGUGGAGAAGACCGCCUGAGCGGUCUGUUAAUGUAGUCAGUCGGGUUUUCCCCUUGGAUCUAAGCACAGUUGACUGCUUUCUGUUUUCGCUCUAAUUAAGCGGUGAAUUAUGUUGGUUGUUCAAAGGAACCAAAUCACUUGUGGCCUCUUUUGUUAUCCUUUGCCUCUGAUCUCCGAGUCCUAUAUUUUCUCCCCAUUUGCCUCCAAUUUGCCAGGAGGCGUAGCUUGAUUGUAUUGAUUAUAAUCACCAAGCGACAAGCCGC